CAUUCGAUAGAGACCGCGGGGACGAUACGGACCGCGCGAUCCGACCAUUAUAGCUUUAUUUUCAAACUAUUUGAAGCUCGCGAGUGUAAUUCGGACCGCAUACGUACAUCUAUUUAUUUACAUUUUAAAAAUAUAUUUUAUCUAUGCCAUUACAAGUUUGCGGACGUAAGAGAACACGCGCUAUCAUACAUUCUGCCAGUGAUAUUUAUUUACUUUUACAUUUUGAAUUGAGAACACGGCGUUACGCGCCUGAUUAGUGACGUGUUGAAUUUUAUAUUCGUUUGAAAAACGAUGUGUUAGAAAAAAAAGUUGCAAGGUUGUUUAUGUGUCGUUGUUUGUGAAGAAAAUAAAUAAAGUGUAGUUUAUUUUGGAUUAAAUAUAAGAAGUGUGUGAUAAUGUAAAAAAUUGUGAUAUUUUUGUGUAAAUAAGCAGAUUUAUAGUGUGAGACUGAUGGUCUCGAAAUAAUAUUGGAUUUUGGCGCGUUUUUUUUGGCACAAUAUCCGUUGUGUCCGGAGGAAUGUAUCUGGCUUCACGGAAUAAUGUUAUAGUCGGCCACGAGCAUCGGCCGGCGUCGCUGGCGAGAUGCGUUCUCUGCUGGCCUACUACGCCGACGCUGUGAUGGCGGCGGCGGCGCGCGGCGCGGGCUGCGCCCUCGGGUGCAGCGGCCGCGGCGACUGCAUGAACGGCACCUGCCUCUGCGAGAUCCGGUACUCUGGUGACGAGUGCGCCGGGCCCAACCUGCCCUACCACGCAUGUAUUGGAGGCGUAUUCCUGUUAGUAGCAUUCGUGUGCGCAGUGCAGCUGACGAUCUGCAUAGUGUCGGAGUACCGGCGGCUGAAGGCGCCGACGUUCCUGCGCGCCUGCAAGGUCACCACGCAGAAGAUGCUCUACUUGGUCGCGUUCCUCGCCUCGCUCAUACGCGGCGCAUACUUCGUCUCACCGUCGGCGUUCCAAGAGGGGUGGGCGACAAGCCUCCUGUCGGCGUACUACCCGCUGCUCAUGUCGGGGUCUUCCCUCAUCGUCUGCUUCUGGGCAGAGGUAUUCCAUCUACGCGACAUACGCUGGGAGCGGCCGAGGUUCCUCUCCAAGUCGUUCCUGGCGUUCGUCACCUUCAACCUGAUCAGCUACAGCUUGCUGGCCGCUGAGGUCGUCACCACCAACGUUGCUGACACCUCCGCCGAGAAGAGGAGCUUCUACCAGCACGUGUUUAAUGGGUGCUACGCCGUCCUGCUGUUCAUCGUGGUCAUCUUCUUCCUGAUAUACGGCGUCGAAGUUUACUUCAAGCUUCGCGGCGAGUUCCUGAAGGAGACCAAAGUUUGCACCAUUAUAUCACCACGACCAGGACCCUCCACGGCGGCAGACGGAGACGAUGUGCAGGACACGCUCGUCACUAAGCAGGGCAUCCAAACGGACCUGGCGGACGCCAGCGGCGUGGUUGAUCCGAAGAGCGUGAACCAGUCACAGCUGCAUCAGUCCCGCGUCGGGCUCGUCAGCCAGGCGUUGAUGCUGAUCCUCAUCGCCGGCUUCCUCGCCAGCGAGACGCUCAGCGAGUUCUGGAAGACAAAAGUGCCAGUAGUUUCCCGCAACUGGCACGACCUGGUGUUCCGCCUGGCGGAGAUCGGCGUCGCGCUAUGGUUCCCGUGCGUGCUCUGGAACUCGAUGGCACCCGAGCGGCUGUGGCUGCUCAACCCUCGCCGCCUGCUGUCGCGGCAGCUCGACGACGCUCGCCUGGCCGACCUGCUCGCGCACCACCACGAUACCAAGAAUGUGGAGACGGACUCCCUGGUGGGCAGCGUGGGGUCGGGCCGCGACUGCUGGAUCUGCUACGACGGCGCACGCGCAGAGCCGCUCAUACGACCGUGCCGCUGCACCGGGGACGUGGCCGCCGUGCACCACGACUGCCUGCGACGCUGGCUCGUUGAGAGCGCGGCUACCCCUGACGGCCUCAAAUGCAAGGUUUGCAACACGCCCUACAUCGUGCAGGAGACUAAUAGAGUGGAGUGGGAGCGCGGCUUCACGUGGUCGCACUGGCUGCGCACGGGCGCGGCCGUGGCGUGCAUGGUGGGCGCGGGCGCCGCGGGCUGGGUGUGCGCGCAGCUGUUCACGUCGCCCGUCGUGCGGGUGCUGGCGGCCGGCGCCGCGCUGCUCGUCUGCUACGUCGCUGUGAGGUUUCUCGGCAUGAACACAGUGUCGGCGUACCAGCGAGCCAAGGUCUCGUCCCUGAGGAUCCUAACCGAGCCCCUCUCAGAGGCCCCAGACCCUGAGGGUCAACUCUCCACCAUCAGCAAGACGGUCACAGUCGAGAUCGCAUCUAAAGCCGUGCUCGAGCGGGCUUUGAAAGGUGAGGCCAAAUAAACUCCCUGUGAAAAUGUCAAAGUGACUUGCGUGACUCGUCAAAGUGAUUUCGUCAAAAUGCGGACUGUAAAGUGAAGGAAAUGUGAAGUGAUUUUAAGAUGGGAAAAGGUUACUGCAAAAUCCAGAGAUAAUGAUGUUUCAGUGAAAUAAAUCGAUUGACUUUGAAACUAACUUUAAAAGUGCAAAGACAAAAAUUAAAACUAUGCGACUGGAUAUGAGCGAAGUGCUGCAAAUGUGUUAAGAAAAGGACGUACGCAAGAUAUAUUUGGAAAGUAAACUAUUUAAACGUUAAUAUUGUCUCUCAUAGGACGGCGCACAGUGCGAUAUAACUUAAUUGUGUCAAAAUCUUAAGUAAAACUAAAAAAAAAAAAAACACUAUUAUCAAAGGCCAGUUAAAAUACCUCACGUCUCACUGGCGCCACCUAUUGAGCAAAAAUGUUAACUUCAAAGAUAAAAAUUGACGAAAGAUGCUGUUCGUCAUUUGCAACUGUCACUUUCGGAACGCGGAAGCGAGACAAAGUAUAAAGCGAGACAAAGUAUAAAGCGAGAAGUGAAAAGUUACUAUUACUAUUGAGUAAUAUAAUAUUAUUUUUUAAUUUUUGUCAGUACAAAAAGUUGGUGAUUUAAAGUGAUAAGUGCACGAGGAGAAAUGUUUCAAAUUAUAUUUAGAACAUCUCUUUAGGGCAAUGUUUAUGGAAUUGUAUGUUUUAACUUCUUUCUAGUUUUAUUUUCUGUAAUAAUUCCUAGGGUGUUCCGUCACGAGUACUAAUAUGUAUACACUUUGAAACCAUGUCACAUUAACUUUUGACAAAUUAAACCGUAAGUCUCAUUAAAUGUCAAAUAUCAUAGUGCGACAGGGUUCUAAAGUGGGUACAUGAUAUUGCUCAUGAUAUGACUGUUCAUCGUUGCGUUACAGCGAAAACGACGUAAGCGCUUGUUUGAUAUAUCAUUCGGAUGUGACUUUCGUUAACAACGUUAGCUUCAAUCCAGGUAAACAACUGUAGUCUUAAUUUUUACCCGGAAUCAAAGUAAUUGAAAGAAAUCGAGGUAUGGUUGAAGGAAAUCACAUCAGUACGUAGUUCUUUUACCCUAAGGUUGUUUGGAUGAUAUUGCUAUUUAGCAAUAAGGCCGGCGAUUGUGCUUCUCCUGUCACUUUUGUAAUUGUUUUUAGUGUUGUGUUUAUAUGUGCAGCGAUUUUGUAUUGUAUUGUGGUUUAUCGUCAUAUGCUAUGCUAUGCCGUUUAGUGCAUGAUACAUACAUAAGGACGUUACGUCAAGUGACAGGGAAAGGACUAUAUUUCCAUACCUUUAUCUCUCACAUUCUGUUCUGUAGCAAAUAUAAAAAACAAUGUGAUUGUCUGCAUAUCAAGUGAAGAAUAUGUUAAAACUCAACAUCUUCGCCUAAUACUUCUGUAGAUAUUAUGUGUAAAAGAUUUUUUAUUCUGUGAAAUUUAUUAUAUUAUUUAAAUUUUUAAAGAAUAUUUUCUUGUCUUUUUGAGAGCAGAGGUUUUAUAUAAGAUAUAAUAAGCUUUUAAUAAUGGCUAUUGGGUGAGAGCCCUCAAUGCUCCACAUUUGUCUGGCCAUGUAGUUGAUGCCAUAUGUGGCAAAUCUACAAUAAGUCACGUCAAAAAAAGAAGUAAUAAUGUUCAUACAACCUGUAAGGGCGUGAGCAGAUCAACAACAAGUCGUCUGAAAAAUCAUAACCCUCUUGGUUUUGCAGAAGUUGGGUAAAAAACGUUCAAGAAGUUUACUCUCAAAAAGACAAGUCAAGUUUCUUUGUUUUAUAUUUUUAUUUUGUUUGACUCGGAAUGUACCAAAAUAUAUUUUUUAGGCCGAUGGUUGUUUGACGCGUUCCUGCAUUUGUCCGGCCAAGCAGGGCCGACAAUACCAUGGUAUAGGAAAACCAGGUAUGCUCAAAACUGACAGCUAGCAUUUCAAGGUUAGCCCAGCUGACGUCAUCCGACCCUGCGUUGCCAUUUCGUAAAAAAAUAAAUUACCUACGUCCAAUGUUUUUAAUUUUCUUUGCAAGGAAAUUUUGAACCUUUCGUAAAAGAGUUACAGUUUUAAUGAUUUUUAUAUAUGUGACAAAUAAUAGUAAUUAAAUAUAUCAUCAUCAUCAGCCCAUUAACGUCCCCACUGCUGGGGCACGGGCCUUCACUAUGGAUGGAUAGGGAGAUCGGGCCUUAAACCAUCACGCGGGCCCAGUGCGGAUUGAUGGUUAUUAACAACUGCUAAUGCAGCCGGGACCAACGGCUUAACGUGCCUUCCGAAGCACGGAGGAGCUCGAGAUGAAAACUUUUUUUUUUUUGUGGUCACCCAUCCUAUGACCGGCCUUUGCGAAAGUUGCUUUACUUCAACUAUCGCAGACCGAGCGCGUUUACCGCUGCGCCACCGAGCUCCUCAAUAAUUUAUUAUUUAAAUUUACUUCCUUGGAAUGUUGGAGAUUCCAAUUGACUGGUAACACUUACGUCAUCAAUGGGCUAACAAUGGCGGCUUGUCAUUGGAUUGAGCAUACCUGGUUUUCUUAUACCAUGGACAAUACAAACGCUCGGGUCAAACAGCGGUUUGCCUUAUAUGGCUUUAACUUAUUUUGUAUUAAACUAUCAUGUAUAUAAUGUUCCAAUCGUAUAGUAUGUAUUAUUUAUUUAUAAUUUCAAUAAUUAUUCCAUUAUUUGUAUCGAAAUUGUAUUAUAGAGGCUGGUAAGUUAAAAUAUGAUGAGGAUGUACUUUUGAUUGAAUUAUUGUCACAAAAUUCUAAAAUUAAAAUGUCUUCUCUGUGCCAAAGAAUGUUUGAUAAUCAUUAAAAAUGGAAAUCAAUACGUAACACUGUUUCUAGUUCAAGAUUUUUUUUAUUAUUACAUUAUAUUUGUCUGUUUAAGACUACAAUAUUCGUAGGCAGGCCCGUAUUUAAGCUCAAGAUUUGCCCGUUCUAUAACUAGUUCUGUCUCUUUCUUUCAUGCAGUAUAAGUAAAGGAUGGAAUGAAAAUAAAAUUACAAUUACAGCCCCCAGAAUUGGCAGUUUUGUAGUUUUUGACACUUUUUAAGCGCGAGUUUUAAAACGAACCGCGAGCUCUAUUAGCCUAUUUAACGUAGCAUAAAACUGGAACGGGUUGUCGGCUCAAGUGUUCCCUCCUUACUAUAUGGGGUCCUUUAAGCGAAGCGUGAAGAAGCACCUAGUAGGCCAGAAUGGUAGUCGCAACUGAUUCGAAACUGACUCAUUGCGUUGCUUUUCAGUUGCUACUGCAAUUAGGGCUUCUCUAUGUUUACCAUCAGGCAUAGUUGAGCCAACAUACUUGGCUAAUAUAAAAAAAAACUAUUGGAGUGACAUAUCUCUCGUCUCUUUCGCACUAGCCGAUUUACAAUAUAUCUGUCCUGCUGUCAUUAUAAUGUCACGUUAAAUUAAAUGUGAACCAGCUUACGGGUCUGUAUUUGUUCCUUAUUUAAAAUCAAAAUUCGAUAUUCCGAAACAUUCUCAAAUAAAGAUAAUAAUUACGUAUAAAAUAUAAUAAUUACGCUAUAACUUUGUGAGAGUAGCUAAAUUAUUUUUUUAUAAUUAUAACGUGUAAAUGGCCAAAAGUAGUUCAAAUUAGAAAAUUUAAAAGUAGAAGUAGAUUGUCAUUCCUUAAAAGUUUUUGGCUAGAUUCGUAGCUUAUAUAGUUACUAAAUAAUAAAUAUUUGAACUUCAGUACUUAUUACAAUUAAAUAAAAUAUAAUAUUAUUAAAUAUGAAUUGUUUGAAUGAAUCACAUUGUAUUUAAAGCAUUUAGAACGGAAGAUGCCUCGGAAGCCAAAUUAUGGAUAUUAAUUCACUCUAAUACAUGUACUUGUGACUCAUAAUCCCUUGCGGGGUAGACAGAAGAUUACAUUAUAAGUAACUAAAGCCAAUUUUUCAUAUCAAAAGAUGAAUAUAAUCUGCAAGGUAACUUUUAACAUUGUUUUAAUGAAAACUGUUGAAGGUAACGUCUGUAUUAAAUGCUUUAAAAAUAACACAUCAUGUAUACUUGUCUAAUUAUCUUGCGUAAUUUGGAAGCGCGUUUGAAAACUAGACAGCGACUUAAAAUCAGUAUUAAAUUAUUAAAAAAAAAAUUAGAGCUCGCCCAGUGUUCCACACAAUAUCGAUACCUACAUUUAUGGUUGAAAAUCAUUGCCUAGUUUUCGAACGCACUUCGAAAAGCCAAAUCGUAGUAGCAAUUAUAUUUUCAUACAACAUGUGUCAAUUAAAUCAUAUUGCGCCCAGAUAACUUCUAUAUUUGAAAAAAAAAAAAGAUAAAAUAUUUUGCUAUUCUAAUCGUAUAGUAGUUGGUAGUCGGUUAGUUCCGCUUUAACUUAUAUCCAGAGCUGACUGCUCGACAAAUAAAACGCAUUAGAAAAUUAAGAAACAAAAAACUAAAAGACAUUUUUUUUCUUCUGCCGCCAUUUCACUUACAGGCCAGCCAUUUAUUCAGCUUAUAAAUCUUGCAUAUUCUUUUUAAAUAACAAAAACAUUUUCAAAGACAGUCAGUUGAUCCUAUAACAAUAUUUUUGAUUAAUAAUAAAUAUUGUAAAAGUACGUAAUUAGUGUAAUAAUAAUUAGACUUUUAGAUUAGACGGCUAAAAAAGAAAUAAAACUAUAUAACUUAACAUUUUGCUGAUCUCUUAAAUUUUCGUGGAUUCUUAACUAGCUGUUGAAUUUUUGAAAUUCUUAACUAGUUCAAUAAUACAGGCUUAUUCUGUUAUUUACCGAUAUUCAUUUCAAUAGAUACGUACAAAGGGUUUCUUUUACAACGAUUCUGAAGAGGAAAUACAUACAUAAACAGCUUAUAUACGUCCCACUGCUGGGCACAGGCCUCCCCUCAAUCAACCGGAGGGGGUAUGGAGCAUACUCCACCACGCUGCUCCAAUGCGGGUUGGUGGAGGUGUUUCUAUGGCUCAUAGCCGGGACCAACGGCUUAACGUGCCCUCCGAAGCACGGAAUCAUCUUACUUUUUUGGACAAUCAGGUGAUUCAAGCCUGAAAAGUCCUUACUAAACAAAGGACAGUCUCACAAAGUGAUUUCUACAAUGUCCCCAUCGGGAAGAGGAAAUAAUAGUCGAAGACGAAGUAAUUCAUUAAUUAAUAAAUGCAGUCAUUCCUUAAUAAUAAAACACACACGUUAAUCCGUUGGUCCCGGUUACUACUUACUUAUGUAAGUAGUCGUUACAUGACAUGCCAUGCCCUACAUAAUCAUAAGACCUUGUUCAGAAGGCGCGAUUUACUCGCGUUUUCAUACCACAGAGUAAUUUGAUUACUUUAUAGAUUCCUGCAUGCUUGGAGAUGUGCAUCUGUAUCCGUACGAUGUUAAGUACUCUGUGGUAUGACAACGUGCGUAAAACGCCUCAUCUGGACAGGCUCUAAUGGUGCUAAUUCCUGUAGACACGACCGAAUUUUAUUUUAAGUUAUUCCUGUCAUUUUCUUAUACACAGGAAGGAAAGGGACGAUUUUAAAAUGAAUGAAUCAACAACCCGGACAAGUCUAAUAGGUAUCUCGCUGGUAUAGAACCCGUUUGACGUGUGCUGUCAACUUAAAUCUGUCGGGUUAUUGGCCAGUGUAAUAUUUUUAGACGGUUUUAGAUUACUGCCUAAAAGUGACAUGUAUUCCAUAAAUUUUAUGCCUGUCGAUUAUCCGUCCCUUUCCUUUACGACGGAUAAGAAAAUGACAGGUAGGUAUAACUUGAAAUAAAAUUAGAUAGUGGGUAUUGAAUUUAGCACCAAUUUUGAUUUGUUUUAAAAAAUAAAAGUAUAAUGAAAAAUAAAGAAAAAUAAAAGAUUCAAUGCUGGUUUGUAGUACAAACGAGACAAGGCAAGGGGCAAGGUUCAAAAAAGAAGACAAAAAUAUUUUCUAAUGUCAGAUAUAACUUAAACUUAAUGGUGUCUACAAAAUAAAAUAUCGGUAAAUAACAAAAUAAAUAAUUAAUGUAACUUUAUGUAAAUAGAAUACCUUAGACUUUCCAGUAUUUUUCUGUAUAUCGGAGGGUCGUAAUCGUGACUGUGGAUUGAAAAUACAAAAUAUACAUUAUAGUAUAAUCA